GUGAUGUUUGCAUAAUGCGUAACUUCCCCACACGUGCUUUUGACUGUGUCAACAGUGCGACGACCCUAUGACAUCACCGCAUUCACAAAGCAGAUUUGAAAUAAAUAAGGAGGAAGCUGAAUAUAGAAAAUAGGAUCUCAUGUACAGAAGAUUCCAAUAUAAAGGCUUAAUAUGUAGUUCUAUGUUUUAUAUGGCAUAAAGCAGUACACCAAGUCUUCUUUCCACUUCCCUUUAAUGUGGGCAAAGACGUACGUUGGGGCGAUAUUGCUGGUAUCUUUGACCGGGUGUUAAGUUUCAGUGUGCAGACGUGAGUCAGCUGGUAGUGAUAGGAGGAGGGCGGAGGGAAGGACAGCCAGGAAUCAGCGGAUGAAACACUAGAAGCACCUGUUUUCUGACUAGACAAUCCAAUCGGCCUUCUGCGCUCACAAUGCUUUGUCUUGCGGGCCCCCCCCCUCUGUAAAGCACGCCGUCUCUGAGAUCACGGGAGACGGGUUCCUGAACAAGGCCAGCUAUGUGUGCGACGCCGGACUGCAGCUGAUUGGUCCAGAGACGCUAACCUGCCUGGCUAAUGGCACGUGGAGUGAGCCCGCCCCCAGCUGUGACGGGGCGCGGGGGCUGCGUGGAGCCCGACCACGUACCCCACGGCUGGGUGCGCGUGCACCGCCUGAGCCCCGGCCACGCCCUGAACUUCCAGUGCGACGAGGGCUACUCGCUGUCGGGCGACGCCCUGGUGGUGUGCCUGGACGGAGAGCGCUGGAGGUCCCCGUUCCCCACCUGCCAACCUAAAUCCUGCCCGACGCCCAUGGGGUGGCGGCAGCCGGCCAAUGGGAGCGAGGCCCAGCAGGGCUUCCACGUGGGCCAGGCGCUGCCGGUGACCUGCCCCAAGGGCCAGCAGGCCCGGGGCAGCGGCACCAUCACCUGCCGCCCCGACCAGACCUGGAGCCCCAUCAGCGCCGUGUGUGAAAGGGUUUCCUGCGGCCCCCCUCUCCACGUGGCCCACGGGGUGGUGCGGGGCGCGGUCUUCCAGUUCGGCGACGUGGCGGCGUACUCGUGCUUUAGCGGCUACGCCAUGGAGGGCGUCGGAAGGAGCCGGUGUCUGGAGAACGGCACCUGGACCGCCCCGCCCACGUGCCGAGCUGUGUGCUGGCUACAGUGCCAGAACGGCGGUGCCUGCCAGCGACCCAACACGUGCGCGUGUCCCGAGGGCUGGAUGGGCCGGUUCUGCGAGGAGCCCAUCUGCAUCUUGCCCUGUCUGAACGGGGGCCGCUGCAAGGCUCCCUACCAGUGCUCCUGUCCCCACGGGUGGACCGGCACUCGGUGCCACACCGCGGUGUGCGCCGCGCCCUGUCUGAACGGAGGGCGAUGCAUACGGCCAAACCGAUGCCACUGCAGCCAGGGCUGGAGCGGGCACGACUGUUCGAGGAAGAGGAGAUCAAGCUACUAUCCUUUCUGAAGAGGCCGCCGGGCUCCACAUAAGCUGUUCAGUCAAGGGGAAUUCUUUUGUAUAAUUUUCGCAAUUGGAAGCCAUUCAUGUUCAUCACCGGAGGAAGUAAAGCAACGGCUAUUUGUAAAUUAAAACUGUAUUUUUCAUAUAGAAAAACAGUGCUUAAAACAUAUGCUGCUAUUAUAGAUGUGUAAAAACUAUUUGAUGUGAUUGUCCAAUGUAUAUGUGUAAACUAUUCAUUUUUAUAAAAGCGUAAAAUGCCAUUCAAUAAAUAGUUUCCUUCAAUAGUUCAAAUCAAACAUGGCACUGAAUGAUUAAAAAAGGUAAGUAGCAAUUCAAAUGAACACUAGGUAUUCAAGGUGUAUUCAAUACUGGACCACAAAACCCCGGCACACAAUGUUAGUUGUCUUUAUUCAUUCCACCAACAAAACAAAUAAACAGCAAAUGUGUGAUAUAUCCAUAUAUAUAAAAAAGGUAAAAUUUGAAGUCCCAAGCACAGAUUGGAUAAUUGUUCAACUAUUGCUAGCGGAAUAAUGACAACAUGAUGGCGGCCUGUAUUGCAGA